AUGUCAAACGCACAGUGCAACAAACGCCUUAAGGAGAAAAUGAGCGUUCACAAGAGUGAACGACUACUGACCUCCGCCAUCCGUAUCGCAACAGCUGCGGCGGUUCCACGCGGAGGUCGAGAUACUGCUCCUUUUUGGACUCCCGAAUUAGAUGAAAUCCAAAAGAAGAUUCACAAUUGUAAACCCUCAGUCUCCCGAGACAGACUCGUAGCCCGCAGGAGAGAAAUGCCAAGACAAGCAUCCCAUAAGAGAUGGAAAACCCUCUGUAAUAACAUGGCCGUGGCAGACGGCUGCUGUCGGAACAUUUUGAAGAGGAUCCACGCCCCACGCCCCCUCAGUACCCCGGCGAUAAAGAUUAAUAAUACGGUACUCACAUAA